GGUAAGCCAAGCGGAAUCAAUACCGGUCGCAAGCUGCGCACCUACCGUCGUGUCAACCGAUGGGCCGAUGAAGCCUACAAGAAGCGUCUGUUGGGUACAGCCUUCCGUUCCAACCCACUCGGUACCGCUUCUCACGCAAAGGGUAUCGUCCUUGAGAAGAUUGGUGUUGAGGCAAAACAGCCCAACUCUGCCAUUCGUAAGGCUGUGCGUGUACAGCUCAUUAAAAACGGAAAGAAGGUGACGGCGUUUGUGCCGAAUGACGGUUGUCUCAACUUUGUGGAUGAGAACGACGAGGUCCUCAUUGCCGGUUUCGGUAAGUCUGGUAAGGCAAAGGGUGAUAUGCCUGGUCUGCGUUUCAAGGUCGUCAAGGUCUCUGGUGUCGGUCUCUUGGCGCUUUGGCUCGAGAAGAAGGAGAAGCCACGAUCAUAA